UCAGCUUUUCAGGUGGAGCAGCAGUGUUGAUGAGGGUAGAGAGAAAGUAAAAGUGGUCAGAGAGUUGGUGAACCAAGCUCAGCGUGCAGGAGAGUGCUGUUGGUUAUACAGGUUGUUGCUGUUAGACUUGAGGCGGGAUGUAUUAUGCUAACCUAAACAGCUGUGUGCUGAGCUGAGCAGUACAGUGUGGUCUACUGGGGCACCUCCUUGCCUUCUUGUUCCUGUUCUGGCUGUGGAAACUGUGGUGUUUUCCUGCUGAAGGAACCUUGAAAAUGUGAUGGGAAAGCUUGCACUCUAUUUCCAAGGACAUGCUGAAAAGUUAGAUUGUGUUUUACCUUGGUUUAACCUAAAUGGCCAACAAAACAAGACACAAAUAUGCUUCUGGGGUGAAAUUGAAUGACCUGAAAAUGGAUCCAUCUUCCCCUGUGCUACCAGCAACCAUUUUAGAACAAACUGCCUCGCGGCUAGGAUGCAGUCCAGCAGACAAGAAACUGGCUUUUCACUUAGAUGAAGAAGAUGAGUUAAAGCAUCUUCGUGAAUGCUUCUGCAUCCCAAAAGUCAAGGAUCUGCCUCCAACUGACCUGACACUGGUGAAUGGAGAGGAGAGCUGCAUAUACUUCGCUGGCAAUUCUCUUGGCCUCCAGCCAAAACGAGUAAAAACUUACCUGGAUGAGGAGCUGGACAAGUGGGCUCGAACAGGUGUUCAUGGCCAUUUCAAUGGUCAGCGCCCGUGGGCUUUGGCAGAUGAGUGCAUCGUGGACCUGAUGGCUGAUCUGGUUGGAGCCCAAAGACAUGAAGUAGCCUUAAUGAAUGGGCUAACUGUUAAUUUGCACCUCCAGAUGCUAUCUUUCUUUAAACCUACUCCAAGACGCUAUAAAAUUCUUCUAGAAGCCAGAGCCUUUCCCUCUGACCAUUAUGCUGUUGAGUCCCAGCUUCGACUUCAUGGACUUGAUGUGGAGAAAUGCAUGCUCAUGAUGCAGCCACGAGAGGGGGAGGAGACCUUGAGGAUUGAAGACAUCCUUUCUGUAAUUGAGAAGGAAGGGGACUCUAUUGCUGUUGUUCUGUUCAGUGGGGUGCAGUACUACACAGGCCAGUUGUUUGACAUCCCCAGAAUUACAAAGGCUGGCCAAGAAAAGGGUUGCUUUGUUGGAUUUGACCUGGCUCAUGCUGUUGGGAAUGUAGAUCUUCAUUUGCAUGACUGGGGAGUAGAUUUUGCCUGCUGGUGCUCCUACAAGUAUUUAAAUUCUGGAGCAGGAGGCCUAGCUGCUGCCUACAUUCAUGAGAAGCAUUCCCAGAGUAUUAAACCAGCGUUAAUUGGCUGGUGGGGUCAUGACUUCAAAACACGAUUCCUCAUGGAAAACAAAUUACAACUAAGCGAAGGAAUUAAUGGAUUUCGGUUAUCAAAUCCUCCAAUUUUACUGGUCUGUGCUCUGCAAGCUAGUUUAGAGGUUUUUGGUCAAACUACAAUGAAAGCAUUGAGAAGAAAAUCUAUUCUGCUUACUGGGUACUUGGAAUACCUGAUAAAACAUUACUACAGUGAGGAUAAAACAAAUCCAGAGAAGCCCUUUGUAAAAAUAAUCACACCACCUCGGGUUGAGGAAAGAGGAUGCCAACUCACAUUAUCUUUUUCCCUUCCAAUCAAGUCUGUGUUUAAAGAGCUGGAGAAGAGAGGAGUAGCUUGUGACAUGCGAGAACCAAAUGCUCUUCGCGUUGCCCCAGUUCCUCUCUACAAUUCUUUCCAUGAUGUGCACAGAUUUAUUGAAAUCCUGGGAUCUGCAAUUACAUCUUCAAAACAAACAGCAAACAAUACUGCGCUAUCUGGUUCUUAUUGAUGGCUCAGCUGUAUCUUUUAAUCUAUUUCUGACUAAGAUGCAUUUAUCCCGCUGAGCGAUUCCUUGCUUCGAGUAGACUAAGCUAUAUCCCAUGCAAUUUGCAAAAAAAUGACUGUGCUUGAAUAGUUAUUUACAACAGACAUAGUUUUAUUAAAGCUCAUAUUUCCACUCUGC